AUGCAUCGCCUACGUUAUCUUCAAUCGAGUCUAAAAAAUGCCAGCCAGGCUGGUUACCAUUUAAAGGAUAUUUCAGCAGGAAAUAGUUUGAAAAAAAUUUUGGACCAGGUUCCCACUCUUGCGAAAGCGUAUGGUACACAGGCAUCUUUGCAAAAGGAUGAUUUGUCAAAUGAAGACAAAGGCUUCAAGGGACAUGAUAUGCUGGCACCCUUUACAGCUGGAUGGCAGACUACAGAUUUGAAUCCCCUUGUAAUUGAGAAGUCAGAGGGCUCCUAUGUAUAUGAUGCCAACGGAAAAAGGUAUCUUGAUUCGCUUGCUGGUUUAUGGUGCACGGCCCUAGGUGGUAAUGAGCCCCGCCUUGUUGAGGCUGCAACUCAACAGCUAAAGACAUUGCCAUUUUACCACUCCUUUUGGAACCGAACCACAAAGCCCUCUUUGGAUCUUGCUAAGGAACUUUCUGAUAUGUUCACUGCAAAUGAGAUGGCUAAAGUCUUCUUCACCAAUAGCGGAUCAGAAGCAAAUGAUACACAGGUGAAGCUGGUAUGGUAUUACAACAAUGCCCUUGGGAAACCAGACAAGAAGAAGUUCAUUGCUCGUGCAAAAUCUAAAAACCUGAAAUUGACCAUUUUUUUUUCUUUAAAUAGUCUGCCUGCACUGCACCAUAAGUUUGAUUUGCCGGCUCCAUUUGUAUUGCACACCGAUUGCCCUCAUUACUGGCGUUUUCAUCUCCCAGGUGAAACGGAGGAGGAGUUCUCUACCCGGUUGGCCCAUAACUUAGAAAAUCUUAUCCUUAAAGAGGGGCCUGAGACGAUUGCUGCAUUUAUUGCCGAGCCAGUUAUGGGGGCAGGUGGCGUAAUACCUCCGCCCGCAACAUAUUUUGAGAAAAUUCAAGCUGUUGUUAAAAAGUAUGAUAUCCUUUUCAUUGCUGAUGAGGUAAUAUGUGCCUUUGGGAGGCUCGGAACUAUGUUCGGCUGUGACAAGUAUGGAAUCAAACCGGAUCUUGUGACUGUAGCUAAGGCACUAUCUUCUGGAUACAUGCCAAUUGGAGCUGUUCUUGUUAGCCCCCAAGUCUAUGAUGUCAUACACGAUCAGAGCAACAAACUUGGUGCAUUUUCCCACGGGUUUACAUAUUCCGGACAUCCUGUGUCUUGCGCCGUUGCAUUGGAAACACUUAAGAUCUACAAGGAGAGAAAUAUUCUUGAUCAAGUAAAUAAAAUAGCUCCAAAAUUUCAAGAGGGUCUAAAGGCAUUUUCUGACAGUCCCAUCAUUGGAGAGAUUCGGGGGACAGGUUUGAUUCUCGGGACUGAAUUUGCCGAUAACAAGUCGCCUAACGACCCUUUCCCUUCCGAAUGGGGUGUUGGAGCUUAUUUCGGAGCAGAAUGUGCGAAGCACGGCAUGUUAGUACGUGUUGCCGGUGACAAUAUAAUGAUGUCACCUCCGUUCAUAAUGACUCUUGAAGAAGUUGACGAGCUAAUCGACAUCUAUGGAAAAGCUCUGAAGGCUACAGAAGAGCGGGUGCUCGAGCUCAAGUCUCAGAAGAAGUAA